CAUCAUCAUCAUCAUCAUCAUCAUCAUCAUCGACCACAUCAUCGUAUAACAACAACCUGACAAAACUACAAUUGAUGUACUGCUCUUUAGAUUCUUCUUUAUUUGGGUAUAUCAACAAAUCGUGUAAGACCUUGGAAAAGCUGGCUAUCCUAUGGGAACUUGACAACAGGGCUCCACCAUGGGAAACGACGACUCAAGGUGAACGGUGUCUAGAGGUUGACUUGCCGGAUAUCGGAUUAGAAACAUGCGCAUUGAAAUUUGAGACUGAUACUGAUUUGGUUGUUAUCACACAAAAGAAAGAAGAAAAAUGGUUUUGUAUGUCAUGGAACGACAAAGAAGAUCAACGUUUGAUAUCACUCAGGGAAAAUCAAGUUCUUCCUAGACUCCCUUAUUAUGAAGAUGAAUCACAGUGGCCUUCGUUGACGGCAACUCUACGUAAGGACUACUACUGGAAACAAAUGGAUCCGAUAUUGGAUGGAACGAAUAGACAUGUUAGCAAUAGUAUGGUUAGAAUUAGAUGUAGAUACCUCAAAGACUUGUGUUAUUGAUUAAAAAUAUAUAAUAAAAAACUAAAUUUAUUCCAC